AUGUCGUUUUCUGAUUCUGAUUCGUCUUCUCAUGGCGGAGCUACAGAGUACAAAAUUUUCCGACAAGUCAGCCGUGACCGGUUAUUGCACGAAAUGCUUGGAUCUACCAGAACAGAGAAUUCCAAGUCUUGGAAGGUGCUUAUCAUGGAUAAAGUGACAGUGAAAGUCAUGUCCCAUUCAUGUAAAAUGGCAGAUAUCACAGACCAAGAAAUUUCGCUGGUGGAAGACCUUUUUCGGAGGAGAGAACCAUUGCCGUCCAUGGAUGUUGUUUAUUUCAUCCAGCCAACAAAAGAGAAUAUAGUCAUGUUCCUGUCUGACAUGUCUGGAAGGGAGCCGUUAUACAGGAAAGCAUUCGUAUUUUUCAGUUCACCUAUCCCAAAGGAACUUGUAAAUCACAUCAAGAGUGAUACAAGUGUUUUACCCCGCAUAGGUGCACUGAGAGAGAUGAAUUUUGAGUACUUUCCUAUAGAUAGUCAGGCUUUUGUCACUGAUCAACAAAGGGCGUUGGAGGAGCUCUUUGGUAAUACUGAGAAUGCUCGCAAAUUCAAUGCUUCCAUAAACAUAAUGGCAACUCGAAUUGCUACGGUUUUUGCUUCUUUGAAGGAGCUCCCAUAUGUGCGUUAUCAUGCUGCUCAGUCAGAUGACUCAACAGAAGCAUCACCUCGUGACUUAAUUCCUACAAAGCUUGCUGCUGCUGUUUGGGACAUAAUUUCAAAUUAUAAAUCUUCUAUUCCCAACUUUCCGCAGAAAGAGACAUGCGAACUGCUCAUCUUGGAUAGAUCUGUUGAUCAGAUUGCUCCGGUCAUACAUGAAUGGACAUACGACGCUAUGUGUCACGAUUUAUUGGAUAUGGACGGGAACAAAUAUAUGCAUGAGGUUCCUAGCAAAACUGGCGGCGAUCCUGAGAGAAAGGAGGUGCUUUUGGAAGACAACGAUCCAGUCUGGCUUGAGCUUCGUCAUACACACAUAGCAGAUGCUAGUGAACGGUUGAGCGACAAGUUUACCACCUUUCAAUCAAAGAAUAAAGCUGCACAGCUCCAACAGAGUGCAAGAGAGGGCAAUGAGUUGUCUACGCGGGACUUGCAGAAGAUGGUUCAAGCUUUGCCACAAUACACUGAACAAGUUGAAAAGAUUUCUCUCCAUGUUGAGAUUGCAGGGAAAAUUAACAAAAUUAUCAGGGAAACAGGACUUCGAGACCUCGGGCAACUGGAGCAGGAUCUUGUUUUUGGAGAUGCAGGAGCCAAGGAUGUCAUCAAUUAUCUGAGGACAAAUCAGGAUACAACGCCUGAAAAUAAGUUGCGUCUUUUAAUGAUUUAUGCAUCUGUAUAUCCUGAGAAGUUCGAGGGAGACAAAGCUACUAAACUAAUGCAGUUGGCAAAAUUAUCACGGGAGGACAUGAAGGUUGUGAAUAAUAUGCGGUUGCUUGGGGGUUCAUCAGAGUCCAAGAAGACAUCUAGUAGCUUCUCGCUGAAGUUCAAUGCUGCGAAGACGAAGGGAGCAGCGAGGAAGGAUCGUACUGGUGAGGUGGAAACAUGGCAACUAUUUCGAUUCUAUCCCAUGAUAGAGGAGAUCAUUGAAAAUCUUAGUAAAGGUGAAUUACCAAACAACGAGUAUUCAUGCUUGAAUGAACCUACUCCGGCUCCCCAAGGGGGCAGUGUGAGAGGCCACAGUUCAUCGGCGCAGACAAGCCAAUCUACCAGUGCUCCUCAUUCAAUGAGAUCAAGGCGGACUGCUAACUGGGGACGGGCUCGGCAUUCUGAUGAUGGAUAUUCAAGUGACUCAGUUUUGAGAGGUUCAUCUACUGAUUUCAAGAAGAUGGGGCAACGUAUCUUUGUAUUUAUGAUUGGUGGGGCAACUCGAUCUGAGUUACGAGUUUGUCACAAGCUGACGACGAAAUUGAGAAGGGAAGUAAUCCUGGGUACUACUGGUCUCAUUGAACCCCCACAGUAUAUUACGAAACUGAAGCUGCUAUCAGAAAAAGAGCUAGCAAUGGAUGGCCUUGGAAUCUAAACUACAAUCGCAAUGAAUACUCAAAACGUACCUUUGCUCGA